UAGAUUCAGUGGUAGAUUCAGAAAAAUUCUUGCGUAUAUAUAUCUUCAUGAAAUCUUUGCUUCUUAAAAUUGACGUGAUACUGGACGUGAACACACAUGAUCGAGAUUCCAAACGUUACAAUUGAUUUUGUGGAGGUAAAGGCUGUUGAUCGCGAAGCAUGUCUUUUAAGAAUCUAAAAGUGGAACGCGUUGAGGGUGAGCUAGCAGCCGCAUUAACAAAUAGGUAUCCAUUUCACAAGCGCGGCUUCAUUAAAGUCGGUCAGAAAAAAUGGUUCCUACCAUACAGAUAUGCUGAGGAUGGUGGUGCUAUAUACGAAUUUGAAAUUCGUCCGGACGAUACAUGGAUCGUCACCUACCCUAGAUCAGGUACGACAAUGACGCAGGAACUCAUAUGGCUGGUGGCAAAUGACAUGAAUUUUGACGAGGCAUAUCGAAAAUAUUUAGUAGAAAGAUUUCCCUUUAUAGAAUUAGGAGCAUUAUUAGACGAACAUAUCGCAGGCAAAGAUGUUCCUGGUAGAAUUAAUAUGGACAAAAAUACUGCUGAAUUCGUGCAAAAUCAGCCUUUACCGCGUUUCAUUAAGAGCCACAUGCCUUUCGAACUAUUGCCGACUGUCGUAAAUAGCACUUGCAAGAUUAUUUAUGUUGCAAGAAAUCCAAGAGACGUGGUGGUCUCAUGGUAUCAUUUCCAAAAAACCAAUACACAUCUCGGUUUUCAGGGAACUUUCGAACAGUUCUGUAAUAAUUUUAUGAGUAAUCACACGAUGUAUAGUCCAUAUUGGGAACAUGUCAAGGAAGCUUGGGCGAUGAAACACAGAGAAAACAUGAUGUUUCUCUUUUACGAAGAUCUAAUAAAGGAUUUACCUGGUAAUAUAAGAAAAAUUACUGCAUUCUUCGAUAAAUCUUACAGCGACGAACAGAUCGCAAAGUUAGUGGAGCAUUUAAAAAUAGAAAAUUUUCGCAAAAAUCCUAUGGUAAAUCAGCUGUCUUCCCCCAAUGUGAUAAAACCGGAAAUGUUUAUACGUCAAGGAAUGACGGGUAGUUGGAAAGAAAUGUUCACGCCAGAGAUUGAAGAGAAAUUUAACAAAUGGAUCACUGACAAUUUAAAGGAUACGGAUUUAAUAUUUCCAAGUUAAAUUUGUUAUACGAUAUAAACAAUUGCAAUUUAAGUAUUAUAAUUGAAGUAUUAUAUAAAAUUGACAUUUUCCAAUUAAAUUUGUUAAACGAUAUAAGUAAUUACAAUUUAUACAUAUAGAUCUGGAUUUCUUAAAUUGGAUUUAUUACACGAUACAAGCAAUUGUAAUUUAUAAAGGAUACAGAUUUUCCAUUCCCAGAUUAAAUUUGUUACACGAUAUAAGCAAUUUAUAAAGGAUAAGAAUUUAAAUUUUUAAGUGAGAUUUAUU